UGUAGGCUGGUAAAAAAUACAAAGAUGCAAUGAGCGACGAAAGCAGUGGAAGUGAUUUCGACGACGAUGAAGAUCCUGACAAGAUCGAAGUUCCUGGUGGAGGGAAAGAUCUCGCCACUGCUGCUGGGAUUGCGAGCAUCAAAGAAGAAAAUGAGUCCAACACAUCCGACACAACGGUGAAAACCACUCCUAACACCAAUGCACCAAACAUAAAAGGAGCAAAAAUUCCGGAAGGUCUAGUGACUAAACCACCAACUCCCGGUUAUGAAAUGGUACGUGUAGGUGGUUCUCAAGGCAAUCCCCAAAAUUUUCCAAAUGCCAAUAUGAUGAAUCAGAUGAACCAGAUGAACCAGAUGAACCAGAUGAAUCAAUUUGGAAAUACUGGACCAUACGGUCAAUUCCCUGGCAAUUUAGGACAAUUUCAAAAUUUUAAUCCAGCAAAUCUUCUUCAAAAUAUGGAUAUGGGAAAUUUGAUGGGUACAUUCAUGGGAAUGGCUGGUAUGGGUGGCGCGGGAGGAUUCAACCCUUUUUUGCAAUUGUUGAAUCAGGGUGGAUUCAACCAAAAUUGGGGAUCUGGUCUCCCAGGCAAAGCUGUACAACAAAUGUGGAUGAAUGCAAUGGAUCCAUCGAAAAUGAUGCAACCAACAAUUCCUGAAGAUGAAGAGGCUGAUGACGACGAAAUGGGUGUUGCAGAGACCUACGCAGAUUAUAUGCCAACGAAAUUAAAACUUGGUCGCAAACAUCCUGAUCCAGUUGUCGAGACUGCAUCGUUGUCGAGUGUAGAACCUACUGAUGUUUGGUACAAAAUAUCUAUUCCAGAAGAAACAAUAAAAUCUGGCGCACUUUCUGCGUUACAACUUGAGUCAAUUACGUAUGCGUCACAGCAGCAUGAGCAGCUAUUACCUGAUGGUACGCGUGCUGGUUUUCUGAUCGGUGACGGCGCUGGUGUUGGUAAAGGCCGUACCAUUGCUGGUAUUAUAUAUGAAAAUUAUCUGAAAGGUCGUAAACGUGCCAUUUGGGUGUCCGUAUCUAAUGAUCUCAAGUAUGACGCUGAACGCGAUUUAAAAGAUAUUGGCGCUGGUAAAAUAGAUGUACAUGCAUUAAAUAAGUUUAAAUAUGCUAAAAUAGCUUCAUCAGUUAAUGGUAAUGUUAAAAAAGGUGUUAUAUUUAGUACAUAUUCCGCGUUAAUCGGUGAGUCUUCACAGAGCAGCGGUGCAAAGUACAAAAGUCGGCUUAAACAAUUACUCCAAUGGUGUGGGGAUGAUUUUGAUGGUUUAAUAAUAUUCGAUGAGUGUCAUCGAGCUAAAAAUUUGUGUCCUACUGGUAGUUCAAAACCUACUAAAACAGGUUUAACCGUAUUAGAAUUACAAACUAAAUUGCCAAAGGCACGAGUUGUGUACGCCAGUGCUACUGGAGCUUCUGAGCCCAGGAAUAUGGCCUACAUGGUACGACUGGGUAUGUGGGGUGAGGGAACACCUUUUGCUGAGUUUAAUGACUUUAUAGCAGCCGUGGAAAAACGUGGUGUAGGUGCUAUGGAAAUAGUUGCUAUGGACAUGAAACUACGAGGUAUGUACAUUGCGCGCCAGUUGAGUUUCCAUGGUGUCGCCUUCAAAAUUGAAGAGGUUCCUCUAUCAGAAGAAUUUACCGAUGUGUAUGACUCUUCUGUAAGACUAUGGGUUGACGCUAUGCAAAGGUUUCACGAAGCUGCUGAGCUUAUAGAUGCUGAAAAUAGGAUGAAAAAAACAAUGUGGGGUCAAUUUUGGUCGUCGCAUCAGCGGUUUUUCAAGUACCUAUGUAUUGCAGCCAAAGUAAAGCAUGCAGUUUCUGUUGCGCGUGAGGCUGUUAAGUGUGGUAAAUGCGUUGUCAUUGGUCUCCAAUCAACUGGUGAAGCAAGGACACUCGAGCAACUUGAGCGCGAUGAUGGAGAAUUAAGUGACUUUGUAUCUACAGCCAAAGGUGUAUUACAAACACUAGUGGAGAAACAUUUUCCAGCACCGGAUCGUAAUAGAAUUCAACGGCUUCUUGGUCUUGAACCACCUAAACCAAUAAUACCAAUCGUCAUACUUGAAGAGGAUCCUCCAGUUACGACAGCUAGUGGUAGUAAGAGGAAACCUGUACGACAAGCCGCACAAAGAGCUUCUAAAAAAGUACGUGCGUGGGAGGAAUCAGAGGAAUCUAUUUCAGAAGAAGAAAAAAAUGGUGGUCAUAGUUCUGGUUCAGAAUUUAAAAUAAGCGGAUCUGAAAGUGAAGAAGAAGCUAAUCGUUCAGAUGCUGAGAGUAAUGCCAGCUCAGAUUUUAAUCCAUUUUACAGUGAUAGUGAUUCUGAUGCUGAUCCAUGGGACAGACGGAAAAAAAGAGGAAGAAAACCGAAGAAACCAGUGAAGAAAAGAUUAACUACACAAGAUAAAAUACAGUCGAUGUUGACUUUAAAAACUCAAAAUUCGCGUAAUAAUAAAAAGAAUGGAGAUGCUGUGCCAUCCGUGGGUAUCAAUGCUGCUGGACGACCUACAAUGACUGGAGCACCUCCACGAGACGCUAUUGAGCGGGCAUGUUGUAUGAAAGAAGAAUUAUUGGCACAAAUUGAAAAACUAGGAGAAAAACUUCCACCGAAUACACUUGAUCAGCUUAUCGACGAACUUGGUGGUCCAGAAAAUGUAGCGGAGAUGACUGGAAGGAAGGGUAGAGUUGUACAAACCGAAGACGGUCAGAUUCAAUAUGAAUCACGAUCUGAAGUUGAUGUUCCUCUGGAAACUUUAAAUCUCACUGAGAAGCAACGGUUUAUGGACGGAGAAAAAACAGUGGCUAUUAUAUCAGAAGCCGCUAGUAGUGGUAUUUCACUGCAAAGUGAUCGUCGUGCUCGAAAUCAAAUGCGACGUGUUCAUAUAACUCUUGAGCUUCCUUGGAGCGCAGACCGUGCGAUCCAACAGUUUGGACGUACUCACCGUUCGAAUCAAGUGAACGCUCCCGAGUAUAUCUUCCUUAUAUCAGACUUAGCUGGUGAGAGACGAUUUGCUUCGACUGUAGCUAAACGUCUCGAAAGUUUAGGUGCGCUGACACACGGAGAUCGUCGUGCGACUGAAACCAGAGAUUUAUCGCAAUUUAAUAUUGACAACAAGUAUGGUCGUUCUGCUUUAGAGGCUACUAUGAAGACAAUUAUGGGCUAUGAAGCUCCAUUAGUACCACCGCCGCAAGACUACCGCGGAGACUUUUUCAAAGACGUCGCCGACGCAUUGGUGGGUGUUGGACUCAUCUGCAAUAGUGAAAAUAUGCCAGGUGUUUUAUCACUUGACAAGGACUACAAUAAUAUUUCAAAAUUUUUAAAUCGAAUACUGGGAAUGCCUGUAGAUUUACAGAAUCGUUUAUUCCAAUACUUUACUGAUACAUUAAACGCUAUUAUUACGCAAGCCAAGAAGACUGGUCGUUUUGACAUGGGUAUCCUCGAUCUCGGUGCUUCUGGUGAGAAUGUCAAGCGCGUUAAAUUGUAUCGAUUUUUGAGAAAACACGCAACAGGUACAGCACCAACAGAAUUACACGUUGUACAUGUUGAACGUGGUAUGAGUUGGACAGAGGCUAAAGAACGAUGGUCUGAGUUGACUGGAUCCAAGGAAGGCUUCUACUUGAGCCAUCAAAUUAGGAACAACAAACAAACUGCUAUUCUUGCAGUAGCUGUUGAUAGUGGCAAGAAGAAAGCUGAUAAAAAAGAUCAACUUUACAUGCUUUAUCGACCCAAUACUGGACUUCAAUUAAGACAAGAGAGUCUUGGUGAACUUGAAAAGAAAUACAAGAAAGUUAAAUUAGAAGAGGCUGAGCCACAUUGGACGCAACAGUAUGAUGCUUCAGUGGACACUUGUUCGCACGCUUACUGGCGAGGGAACUGUAAAAAUGUAACUCUUGGCAUGGACUGUGAAGUUGGUCUUCGACGUAGAUCAUAUAAUGUUCUUGCUGGUUCUGUUUUGAGUGUCUGGAGUCGUGUUGAAAGCACUCUUGCUGCACGAUCUGGACAGAAUUCUAAAAUGCAAGUUUUGCGUUUACGAACCGAUGAUGGACUGAAAAUUGUCGGCACGUUAAUUCCUAAAUUAUGUUUGGAACCGUUGGUCGAGGCUCUAUCUGCAGACGCUGAAAAAACAGAAGAGCAAGUUUUUUGA